AUGAGUUCUUCCCUCGAAGCCAAAAUCGUCGUGCUCGGUUCACAAGGCGUCGGCAAAACCUCCCUCGUAAACCGCUACGUCAAAAACGCCUUUGAACCCGCCAAAAUCACCUCCACUGUCGGCGCGUCCUUUGUCACCAAACGCGUCCUCGACACAACCUCUGACACCAUCGUGCGACUACAAAUCUGGGACACGGCGGGCCAAGAACGUUUUCGCAGUAUAUCGCGCCUGUACUACCGCGGCGCAAACGCUUGUUUAUUGUGUUAUGACAUCACAGACGAGAACAGUUUCAAGGAAAUGACGGGUUGGUUGCAGGAACUCAAACAAAACCUAGGGCAUAGCAAUGAUGUCGGCGCCGGAGGGGAUAGUCCGUUGGUUAUACAUGUCGUGGGCACAAAAUCGGAUAUAGUCGCCUUGGAGCCGUCGAGACGGAAAGUUCCGUUUGAGAGGACGAUUGCGUAUGUUGCCGAACAGUUAUACCCAUCGCAAGCAUCGACGCCGCCGCCCACAGCAGGGUUUGGGAAUAUGAUUGUCACGACGCCGACGAGUGGGCUGCAGUCUCCCGAUAGUAAACGCAGUAGCGGAUUCUGGGGCCAGGAUAUCGGGUGGGAUUGCUGCCAUGAGAUUAGCGCCAAGGACGGCGAGGGCGUGGAAGAAGUGUUUCGCGUGAUUGCGCGGAAACUGGUAGAACAAAGAAAUAGGCAGUUGAACGAGCUGAUGGCGAAUGGUAUUGGCGGUGCGAAUGGCGGUUCAUCAGACCCGAAUCAUUCGGAUACGGACGGCGGCGGUGGAACGAAUGGGAUAAAUGGACGAGGAAGUUUUCGGAUUGGUAUGGGCGAUAAACGGCGAAGUUGGUUGGGUUUCCCACCUGGCAUGGUGGUCAGUGAAGAGGUGGAAACGCCUGCGCAGCCGGGGAGGCAGCGGCGUCCAUGCUGUUAA